GCCUGGAGUAACUAGUCCUCUCUUGACUAAGACCACGUGGUUUGGGCGUACGAGUAAUCCCAUCAGUAAGAGUGGAUUCAAGUCGGCUUACGGUCUCUUUUUUUUCCGUGCUGGAUUGAAUUCCUCUAAGAUUGUGAAGCCCCGUAAAGAGUAUGCCUGUCAUUCGGAGAGUUGUGAAACCACGUACGCAGCGAGCAAAGCGUGCAUUGGUCCGAAGAGAACCACAGCUGAUUGAGAAUCCCAAAAAUGCCAUGUUCCUCCGUGGAUCAAAUUGUAGUCAGCUUGUAGUUGACUGCAUGAAAGACCUGGUGGCUUUGAAGAAGCCUUUGGCCACAUACUUCAAUCGACGGAAUGAAAUUCGUCCAAUGGAAGAUGUCACUCCACUGGAGAGCUUUGGAAAGCAGCAUGAUUGCUCUUUGUUUGCCAUGGGAUCACACUCAAAAAAGAGACCCCAUAAUCUUAUAAUUGGUCGUCUGUAUGACUACCACCUCUUGGACAUGGUGGAACUGGGCAUUCUCAGUCAUUCCAAGAUGUCCUCAUUUCAUAUAAAUGAGAUCAUGACAGGUGCCAAACCUGUCAUCAUCUUCUCAGGAGAAGCAUUUCAGACUGAGCCUCAGUAUCAGCGUCUAAAGAAUCUUUUCCUGGAUUUCUUCAGAGGCGAAGAGGUAACAUCAGUGAGACUGAUGGGACUUGAGCAUGUCAUCUGCAUCACAGCUGUUGAGGCCAAGAUUCUUCUUCGCUGUUAUCAUGUCCAGUACAAGAAGUCAGGUAGUGAGACACCACGUGUAGAGCUAGAAGAGAUGGGUCCAGCAACGGAGUGGGAAUUGCGACGGAUGCGCCUGGCAUCUGAUGACCUCUUCAAACUUGCCACUCGCAUGCCAAAGCAACUCAAGGUGAAGAAGAAGAAAAAUUUGAGCAAGGAUGUGUUUGGCACCCAAGUUGGUCGCAUACACAUGCAGCGUCAGGAUCUUGCAAAACUCCAGACUAGGAAAAUGAAGGCAUUAAAGAAGGGUGGGAAGAACAAGAAGCCCUCUGAUUUAUCAUCUGAGACAUUGGCACAACCAAUGGAAGCAGAAUGAAUUCCAGAUUGUUUCUGUUCUAUUUGUACUACUGAUUUUAAUAUGAAUGAAACAAGUUCAAACUGAAAGGAAGGAAACGG